GCGCACCAUUGAGUAGGUGUGAACCUAAAAGCACUGUUUCAGACUUCACCAUGUUUGUCAAAAGAGAAAACAUGAUCACAGAGCUCACUGAUCUGCUGUAAAAAAAUGGCCUUUGACUCUUUGUUGAUGGACUGAGAUUUCAAACAAUACAAAUUGUGUUGAGGUAAAAAUAGUAGCAGGCAUUAAGGUCAGAAUGGAAAGUUCUGCAGACAAUCAAGGGCCGACCUUAACUCUGCUACACAAUGACUUGACUCGCUUGGAGUUCAUCUCGCAGAAAAAUCGGCACAGAAAAGGCGCCAACACGAAAAGGUUUUCAGCCAGGCCAUCAUCGGUCCCAAAAGUAUUUCCAGAGCACGACUUGUCGAGUGUAACUCGAAGUCAGUUUGUCACCUCAUCAGCAAAGAGCAUGACUCAGUGUACUUUGAAUAACAACAAAAAGGAGCCCCGAUGGCUGCUGAGACAUCCAAGUCCCACGCGAAGAUUACGAGGUGCACCGAAACGACCAACGGACAUACCAUGCACAGUAAAAUCAUGCAAUAACAGCGCUUCUGAAGCUUUUAUAGAUACUAAAAUGGCUUGCCGGUUAAUUCGAUCAAAACACGUGUUGCCCGGAAAGGAGUUAACAGACAGAGUAAAUCCAGAAGCCGAGGGAAAAAACGGAGUUCUAAGCUUAAAGAUUGAUCACUCGUGGAAGUCUGUCGAUAAGAAAUCGAGCGUAGAUGAGCCAAUCGGAAAUGCUAAAUGCGAAUUAUUUCACCAACUUUUGUCAGAGAGUGUCUCUAGUAAUUCUAUUCCGACACUGCCAAAGCUUUCGGGAGACUUACCAGAGUCAACUAUGCAGGCAAUCCAUAAAGAUCUCAACCAAAGCUCUAAAAAGAAUCUAGCCAGCGGCAGGUGGCACAACUGGAUGAAAACAAAAUAUGAACCUAGUUUCGACUUGGCAAAGGACAGAAAAGCAGCACCGCUGUUAGGACCAAGCGGCCUCAAUGGGAGUAGCUGCUCUUCUGAAAGUGACAGUAGUAGGCCUAGUUCUAGUUUAAGAGCAGGCGAACUGUACAGCUCGUGUUUUCCCUUGUUGGUCAAAAAUUAUUCCCAAUCAAAAGUCCAUCGACGUUUCCCAAUGCAAAAAGCGAUCUAUAAAAACGUACCUACCACUAAAGGCAUUACAUCGCAGAGGGACGACACAUCUGGGAAAUCGCCCGAAUGUUCUGAAAAGGACGACGCCUCGUACUGCUCCGGCAGGUGUUGCUGUGAUACGUUCAACUGUUCCAACUCCUGCGAGGCGGUGCACAAGUCCAGUCUAAAUCUUGACAGCAGAAGCUUGAAAACGGAUGCUUUACAGCAAUGUGGCGUCACCGAGUCUGAAGACAUGCCGUUUUCCUCUCGGAAACUGCAUCGAGGUCCAAAAGCGUCAAAAGAUUCACGAAAGCUUCAGAAACGUCACAUGGCUAGCAAAGUCACAAGCAAACUCACAACUAGUAGGACUGUUUGUUUGGAGCAGCAGGAUAUCGUCAACUGCAGCAACGUAUGGAAAAGUAUUAUAAAGAGUAGAGAUUGGAAGAAAUCUGAGGUCAAGAGUCAAUGCAUGGUGGGAGCGGAAAGGAACGAGAACUCAAGCACCAUGACUUUCGAAUCCGAAAAGAAAAGACAGUCUGAAGACAUUGAGAUAGAACCACCAACAGAAGCUGAUGUUCAAAGCAAAGAAGACUCACAGCCCGAUGAAAGGGAACGAAAAAUGGGCGGAAAAUCGACCUCAGCUCUGUCCACAUUAGGUUUCGAGUCGAACGUUAAUCAGUUCAAAGACUUGGGUAGCAAGACUCUAAAACGAAACAGAAGAACUUUUAGAUCUGUGAGGAAUUACAUGCAAAGGUAUCCACCGGAAAGGGACGAGAUAUUCUUUCCUUUUUACCGCAUGCUCCCGCAAUGUACAGAGACCCCUGCGGCUGGAGGAUCUUGGCAAACCUCGCUAGACAGCUCUAGUGACCUCCAUAAAGAAGGAAUUGAGAAAGAAGACGUUCCAUCGUGUAACGAGGACAAGAAAGAACAGGCUGAGGACACACAUCAAAGAAGACACACCAAUGAUACAACAGACAACAACGCAGACACUUCCAUGAACAUCGCGGAACAUGGCAGAACCACGUGUGGCAAGAACUCUUGCGACGAAAGCCAGUCUGAAUUCUUCCCAACUCGAAGGUCUUCAGACGAUGAGGACGUGGACUCCAACAGUAGGGAGAUGACAGAACAACACAGUACGUCCUCCCGAGUUCAGAGGACUAACCAUGACCUUGCACAAGAAGAGGUUCCAGAUUCAGUGAGGUGGACUUGCAGAGUUAAAGGAUAUGAAAUCAUUCGCCAUCUUGUGCGUGGAUCCCCGAAUAGUUUCAGCAAACUGUUUCUUGCUAGCAAUACAUACAAUCCGUCGUAUUCUCUGGUGGAGAUCAUAUCAUACAAACAACCUUUUACUAAUAUCUUGACAAGUUUUUAUUGCAACGACGCCACAACACUUCAAAGACAUAGAAUGAGAGAAAGAUCAUUGGCAAUAACACUACACAAAAAUCUAGUGACGUUACUACACAGGUUCUGCACAGAGCACAUGGUGUAUCAGGUCACCGAGCACAUCCCCUGGCCGACAUUGACACACCUGAUUAGCACAUCGUUCACCGGCUGGGUUGGCGCUCUAAGAAAAGGUCUUUCGGAGAACACGCGCAGGAGUAUCUUUAAACAGAUCUGCCACGGCAUUGAACACCUCCAUCUUCUAGGUAUCGUUCAUGGGGGUUUGAAUUGUAACAACGUUCUUGUGUCAGACAAACUGGAAGUCAAAUUGACAGACUAUGGCCCUGCCUGCCAACGUUUAGCAUUAACCUAUGACCCCUUGAGAAACCGCAUGCUGUCAAGAGGCAACCCGUAUGACAGCUAUACUCCCCCGGAGAUGAUGUCGGUGACCGGUUCCUGGACAAGGAGCUGCGACGUCUGGUGCAUAGGCAUCGCACUUCUAGAAAUGACGUUAGGUGAGAUACCUCCUUCCCUCAUCAGAACAAUCCGGCUGAAAGGAAACGCCAAGAAAAUAGACAAAGUGAAUCUGGAGAACUGUGGUUAUCAACUAAGUUUGUUGAUCGACAAAAUCCUACAGUCCAGACCCUCUCAACGGCCUCACGUCUCAGCACUGACCAAUCAUGCCUGGCUAUCUGAUGGCACAGAGUUAGCUCUAGUGGUUAAUCUUGACGCUAAGAAAGUGACUAAGCGUACGGAUGGCUCAACAUUCCCCUUGCCGAAGCGAUUGCAGAAUCGAUCAAUACCGACAUCAGAGGCUUUUUAUGACAGCUCAGACUCGGAGAGCAAAACCCCAGUCCUUGAAAAUCCAGUCAACUGUGAAGAUUAUUAUGAUGUCUUGAGCUUAACAUGUGCUGAGAAAAGCUGUGUGUGCAACGAAUGUGGCUGGACAAUGGAUGUAAACCCCUGCGGCUCCGCGCACAGCGGUUCGUGCAUUCAUUCGGAAUCCAACACAAGUUUUGAGCAUGGAGAUAAAACAAGCUCUGAAUCUUUGGGAUCAGGUGAGGACCCGAAUUAUCGGGUUGCCUCUGAAGGAAAGGCUGUCACAGGGUUUUUAUCAACCUUGGUGGCUAGUUUAGACAGUUCGUCGAGUAGCAACAUUGAAAGUAGAAGUCUUACUAAAGUUCUGAAACCCAGCGAUAAACCUUGGUUAAGAAGAGGUCUGGUUACUGGAAUUCCUCCGCAACCAAGUCACUCGAAAAAAGUCCAGCUGUCCUCUUGUUCUCCUUUUCCGACCCAUCGCCAGAAAUCUCCGAGGACAAAUUCUUCGAAGUCCGAACGCUUCUGCAAUGAUUCCAACUGGACAAAAAUAUUUCAAAGCUAUUUAGACUCCGGGGACCACAAAUCCAAUUCUUUCAAUUACCCCAAUGAUGACACGCCUAUGACAGCAUCCACCGACUGCAACGACGGGUUUGUUUUGGAAGGAGACGACGAGGCUUUGGAAGAGAUUGAGAAUCUGAUUCAACAGGAAGAAAGAAUGUUUUGGGGUAGAGAGUUUGGAAAGAUAUCCCAAGAGGCUGCUUAACGCCACUAGUAACAUAACAAGCUUAGGAUUCUAAUAAGCUAUUUACAUGAGACUAACAAUAAGAAUAGACGCAGUGAUUUUAGAGGAUAUAUUCCAUAAAGAUAAAGAAGUUAAUCAUUUCCAAAGGCAACAUAACAUAUGACAAAUGACUAUAUAAGAGAAAGUAUGAUAGAGUGAUAACGUUUAAUAAAACAAACUACAAUGAUGAGACACA